AUGGCCAUCCUAGCACUUCUCCUCAAAUUGGCUCUGGCGCCAGCCGCUGUGGUCUUUCUGACUCUCACGAUCAACACUAUACGAGGGGUCAUAGCACAUCGCGUGAAACAUCGAGCCUUUCGAAGCGUACGCGGGCCAGCGAGGACCUCACUCGCUGCCGGGAACUUGCAAGAGCUGUAUGGCCCAGACGGGCUUCCCUUCUACGAAUCGCUAUCUAGCUAUGGAGGAGUUGCUAAGGUGCACGGUCUCUUUGGAGACGUCUUUCUAUCUAUAACCGACCCUCGCGCUCUUGCCCAUCUCCUCGUGCAGGACGCGAAUAACUUCCCUGCCGCGGAUGUAUCUGGACCUCUUCAUAUGCAUCGGUAUCUUACUGGCCCCGGUUUGCUUGCCACCAACGGCGCGGUACACAGACGGCAACGCAAGCUUCUGAAUCCAGUGUUCUCGCCUGGACAGAUCAAACGGCUUGCGCCACUUAUGCGCGACAUCUCUCGCCAAUUGAGAGAUCUGCUUGUCGAAGACGUAACAAGGAGUACGCAGGAGAGCGCGUCCUCAGGCGAGAUUGACUUGGCUAAUUGGUUUGGCCGUGUUGGACUUGAGAUGAUCUCGCAAGCUGGAUUCGGACACACAUUCCACUCGCUCGAGGGUAACGGCGAUGAUUAUGUGUCCGCCGUCAAAGACGUCAUCCCUUCCCUUACGGCUCUUGGGCCGUUGAUCCCUCCCUUCGUACUGAGUGGCGCCGUCAGCCUCCCACCUCGUCUAUUACAUAUCGCCGGGCGUUCCGUGUCCCGUGUCCUGCCACCACUACGCCGCUUUAUGCGCAUCGUGGAUCUCAUGUACGAGAAGAUGCAUACGAUAUGCGAGGAGCGCAAAGCCUCGGCCUCACUCAAAGGUGCUCAUGCGAACUCUGAACAGGGCAACAUAAUCGAAUUCCUAUUACAGGCCAGUGGGGAAAGUCAUAUAUCCAACGAUGUCCUCGUGGCGCAUAGCACAGAGCUCGUACUGGCUGGGACGGAAACUACGAGCACAGCAUUGUGCCGUAUUUUGCAUAUGCUUGCGCUUUAUCCUCCCGCGCAGGUCCGCUUGCGCAAUGAGAUCGCGCAGGCGUUAGCCGCUUCGGCCUCGCAGAAUGGUAAUCUGGAGUACGAGCCACUCAUGUCCUUGCCUUACUUGGAUGCUGUAUGCAAGGAAACCCUUCGUUUGUUCGCACCGGCACCAUAUCGCCAUCGACGAUCGAUCAAAGAGAGCGUGAUCCCGUUUACGGAUGGCACGAGUCUGCAUGUACCCGCGAAUACAGAGAUAUUGGUCAAUAUUCAUUGCCUGAACACCGACGAGGCGCUCUGGGGUCCAGACGCGCGUAAAUGGGUACCCGAGCGAUGGAUGAAAUCCUUGCCACAGGGUGUGACGAAGAUACCGGGCGUCUGGGGCAAUAUGUUAUCCUUCGGUGGUGGCCCCAAGUCGUGCAUAGGGUUUGGCUUCUCGUUGCUAGAAAUGAAGACAGUCCUGGUGACGAUACUCCCUGUAUUCCGCUUCUCCCUGCCAGUGCAAGAGGAAAUCGAAUGGCGAUUCGGCCCAACAAUGACGCCAAGUGUCAAAGGCGAGAAGAGCCUGCAUCCGCGUAUGCCGUUGCGUGUAGAGGUCUUAUGA